AUGGACUUACUAACCUGGCUGAGACAGGAGGCCCAGCUGAAGAAGAUGAUCCUGCUUAUCGUCUUCCUCGCCUUUUUCGUGGAUCAUAUGUUAUUGUCAGUGGUCGAAUCAAACUGCUCAUACACAGAUGGUCGUCUGGAUGAAGUCAACGUCAAAGUAGGACUGCUGUUGGCCUCCAAGUCGACCAUACAGCUCAUCAUUAACCCCUUCAUAGGGCCACUUUUUGACAGGAUUGGAUAUCACAUCCCAAUGUGUGCUGGUUUCUGCAUUCUUGUCUUUGCCACUACCUUGUUUGCCUUUUCAUCAAACUACAUUGUACUGCUGCUGGCCAGAUCAGUGCAAGGUGUUGGUGGCUCCUGCUUGUCCGUGGCAGGGAUGGGCAUGCUGGCGGAUACGUUCAAAGAAGAUCAAGAAAGAGGCCGUGCAAUGGGAAUAUCAUUCACUGGAUUGGCGUUAGGAUUAAUCACGGGAGCUCCUUUUGGCAGUUUGAUGUAUCAGUUUCUUGGCAAGAUGGCCCCCUUCUUAGUAAUAGCUGUCAUUGCCUUGUUGGCUGGAGGUUUACACGCCCUCAUUUUUAAAACGUCAAUGGUGCAAACACAGAUGGAAAAAGGAACUCCACUGCUGACUCUCCUGAAGGAUCCGUACAUUCUCAUUGCCGCAGGAGCCAUAUGUUUGGCAACUCUGGUUAUUGCUACAAUAGAGACAGCCCUUCCUAUCUGGAUGAUGAAGACCAUGUGUGCAAGCAAAUGGCAGCUAGGAGCCGUCUUCUUGACAGACAGCAUAUCUUACCUGAUUGCAUCGAACAUCUUUGGUCACCUGUCGCCAAAAUACAGCGCAGGUUGGCUGUGUGCUUGUAUUGGAAUGAUCCUGGCAGGGAUAACUACUAUUUCUUUUGGAUUUUCCAAGAACAUCUAUCAUGUGCUUGUUCUGAAUGCAAGUGUCGGCUUUUCUAUUGGUGUGGUGGACUCGUCAAUAAUGCCUCUUAUGGGUAACUUGGUAGACCUGAGAUAUGUGCCGGCAUAUUCUACAGUUUAUGCUAUUGCUGAUGUCGCAAUCUGCAUAGGAUUCUCCGUGGGUCCAACUCUUGCAGGACCAAUCGUGGCAUCGAUUGGCUUCCCUUGGCUGAUGGCCAUAAUCGGAACAGUGAAUAUAAUCUUUGCUCCGCUCUGCAUCUUCCUUUACAAUCCGCCACGGCAGGAAGAACAUUUGGUGAGAGCUUAG